GUGCACAGACAUUUCCAAAUGCUACUUUUGGAUGGGUCAAUGUGAAAGAUGUUGCAAAUGCUCAUAUUCAGGCGUAUGAAAUUCCUUCAGCUAGUGGGAGAUAUUGUUUGGUAGAGAGAGUAGUACAUUUCUCAGAGUUUGUGAAAAUUUUACGUGAUUUAUACCCAGCAUUACCCCUUCCAGAGAGGCCCGCCGAUGAUAAGCCGUAUGUGCCAACAUAUCAAGUUUCAAAAGAAAGGGCAAAGAGCUUGGGACUUGAAUUUAUUCCUUUGGAAGUGAGCCUCAAGGAGACCGUCGAAAGCUUGAAAGAAAAGAAAUUCACCAACUUUUAAUUCAUCGUAUAUUAGUAGAGGAGAUAAUGUUAAGUUGUGUAUUUGAAUGUACUUGCUCAUGACACUAAUGCAAUAAAUGGGAAUAGUACUUACUGCAGGUUGCAGAUUAUGGAAUAAAAGUUUGGAAGGAAUGUUGAUAUGAAUCUAGAAUGUUGGUGCUCACACUAGUUCCCUUUGAAAUUUGAAUAUAAUAGAAUUGUGGCAUA